UUACAGGUAUAAGUAUCUUCCUUCAAUAGAUGAUAAUGAAAAUACAAAAGAAAGAGAAGCAGUUGUCAAAUUUAAAAGUUCUGAAUCACUCCCCAAUGUCUGAUGCCUCUGUCAAUUUUGACUACAAAUCCCCCUCCCCGUUUGACCACAGCACUGAUCAGGAAGAGAAAAUUGAAGAUGUUGCCAGUCACUGUCUGCCUCAGGAGGCCCUGUAUGCUGCUGAGGAGGAAGCUGAGACCCUUUUUCCUAGGAAAAUGACAUCCCACAAUGGAAUGGAGGACAGUGGAGGGGGAGGCACUGGAGUAAAGAAGAAAAGGAAGAAAAAGGAUCCAGGGGAGCAAGAGGGUACAGCAAAGGGAAGCAAGGACAGGGAGCCCAAGCCAAAGAGGAAGCGAGAACCUAGAGAGCCAAAGGAACCCCGGAAGGCCAAGGAGCCCAAGAGGGCCAAGGAGCCCAAGGAGCCUAAGCAGAAGGAUGGAGCCAAGAAAGCGCGGAAGCCUCGGGAGGCCUCGGGUACCAAAGAGGCCAAAGAGAAGAGGAGCAGCGCCGACUCUGUAGCCAGGACGAAGUCCAAGAAGGCCAGAUUGGCUCAAGUACAUGUUUUGAUGAGAGUAGUUACUGAUCAGACCUGGAUAUUGGUAGUUGCAGAUCAUUCACUGAGCACUUGGAUUAUCGAGCCUCCAGAAGAUGACGCAAACAUCAUUGAGAAGAUCCUGGCGUCUAAGACCGUCCAGGAGGUUCACCCAGGAGAACCCCCAUUCGACUUGGAGCUAUUCUACGUUAAGUAUAGAAAUUUUUCCUACUUACAUUGUAAAUGGGCCACAAUGGAAGAGCUGGAAAAGGAUCCUCGCAUCGCACAGAAGAUCAAGCGAUUUAGGAAUAAACAAGCCCAGAUGAAGCACAUUUUUACUGAGCCUGAUGAAGAUUUGUUCAACCCGGACUAUGUAGAAGUUGAUCGAGUCCUGGAGGUGGCCCACACCAAAGAUGCAGAAACAGGAGAGGAAGUGACGCAUUACCUGGUGAAGUGGUGCUCGCUGCCUUAUGAAGAAAGCACGUGGGAGCUAGAGGAAGACGUAGAUCCUGCAAAAGUUAAAGAAUUUGAGUCUCUUCAGAUUCUCCCUGAAAUUAAGCAUGUGGAGAGGCCUGCUUCAGACUCCUGGCAGAAACUGGAGAAGUCUCGAGAGUAUAAGAACAGUAACCAGCUCCGGGAGUACCAGCUAGAGGGGAUGAACUGGCUUCUUUUUAACUGGUAUAACAGAAAAAACUGUAUUUUGGCUGAUGAGAUGGGCCUCGGGAAAACCAUCCAGUCCAUCACAUUUCUCUCUGAGAUAUUCCUCCGGGGAAUCCACGGCCCAUUCCUCAUCAUCGCCCCACUCUCCACCAUCACGAACUGGGAGCGGGAGUUCCGGACGUGGACAGAGAUGAAUGCCAUUGUGUACCAUGGCAGCCAGAUCAGCAGGCAGAUGAUCCAGCAGUAUGAGAUGGUGUACAGAGACGCACAGGGAAACCCCCUUUCAGGAGUCUUCAAGUUCCAUGUUGUCAUCACAACGUUUGAGAUGAUACUGGCAGACUGCCCAGAGCUGAAAAAGAUUCACUGGAGCUGUGUGAUAAUUGACGAAGCCCACAGAUUGAAGAACAGGAACUGCAAACUUCUGGAGGGUCUAAAGCUCAUGGCCCUGGAACACAAAGUGCUGCUCACUGGGACACCCUUGCAGAACUCUGUGGAGGAGCUCUUCAGCUUGCUGAAUUUUCUGGAGCCAUCACAGUUUCCUUCAGAGACUGCUUUCUUGGAGGAAUUUGGAGAUCUGAAAACAGAGGAACAGGUGAAGAAACUGCAAUCUAUCCUAAAACCCAUGAUGCUUCGGCGGCUGAAAGAUGAUGUGGAAAAGAACCUUGCUCCCAAACAAGAGACGAUCAUUGAAGUAGAGCUGACCAAUAUCCAGAAAAAGUACUACCGUGCUAUCCUGGAGAAGAACUUUUCCUUCCUGACCAAGGGGGCAAAUCAGCACAACAUGCCCAAUCUCAUCAACACCAUGAUGGAGCUGAGAAAGUGCUGUAACCAUCCCUACCUGAUCAAUGGGGCAGAGGAGAAAAUUCUGGAAGAUUUCCGGAAAACCCACAGCCCUGAUGCCCCCGACUUUCAGCUGCAGGCCAUGAUUCAAGCAGCAGGGAAGCUGGUGCUGAUUGAUAAACUGCUCCCUAAGCUGAUUGCAGGUGGUCACAAAGUACUCAUCUUCUCCCAGAUGGUGCGCUGUCUGGAUAUCCUGGAAGAUUAUCUCAUCCAGAGAAGGUAUUACCUGUUCCCACUAUGGACGAUGAGCAUUUGCUUCUGUUCGGUUGCUGUGAAGAUGGCGAGUUUUAUUUGGAGGCAGGAGAGCUUAGUGAUCGACCGGCCUCGAGUGAGAAAGCAGACCAAACACUACAAUUCCUUUGAGGAGGAUGAGCUCAUGGAGUUCUCCGAGCUAGACAGUGACUCAGAUGAAAGGCCCACGAGGUCCAGACGCCUCAAUGACAAAACCAGGCGCUACCUCCGAGCUGAGUGCUUCCGGGUGGAGAAGAACCUGCUCAUCUUUGGCUGGGGCCGGUGGAAGGACAUCCUGACUCAUGGGCGAUUCAAGUGGCAUCUGAAUGAGAAGGACAUGGAGAUGAUUUGCCGGGCCCUGCUGGUAUACUGUGUCAAGCAUUACAAGGGGGAUGAGAAGAUCAAGAGUUUCAUUUGGGAAUUGAUCACACCUACCAAAGAUGGGCAGGCCCAGACCCUCCAGAACCACUCAGGGUUGUCUGCUCCAGUCCCCAGAGGGAGGAAGGGGAAGAAGACAAAGAACCAGCUGCUGCUCCCAGAGUUAAAGAAUGCAGACUGGCUGGCCACCUGCAACCCCGAGGUAGUCCUCCAUGAUGACGGCUAUAAGAAACACCUCAAACAGCACUGCAAUAAGGUACUUUUGCGAGUCCGGAUGCUGUACUACCUAAAAGCUGAAAUACUGGGAGAGGCAGCUGAGAAAGCGUUUGAAGGAACCCCUGCCAGGGAACUAGAAGUGCCUCUGCCUGACAUUGACUACGUGGAGAUCCCAGUGGAUUGGUGGGACGCUGAGGCCGAUAAGUCCCUUCUGAUAGGCGUGUUCAAACAUGGGUAUGAGAGGUACAAUGCCAUGCGAGCAGACCCAGCACUUUGCUUCCUGGAGAAAGUUGGGAUGCCAGAUGAGAAGUCCCUUUCUGCAGAACAGGGUGUUACGGAUGGGACCCCAGACAUUCCUGACAGAGGCAACAUGGAUAAAGAAGACAACACUGAAGACAAGUUAGAUGGCCUGCAGAAGCAAAUGCAGUCCUUGGUGUGGAUGUCCGGGUUUAUUUUACCAUUCAUCCACGUGCAGGAUACGUUUAAUUGCCAUUACCCAGGGAAAUAUUCUGAAGAGGAGAGCAAAAGCUCGACAUCAGGCAUUGCAGGAGACCUUGGGGAUGACCUGCAGGAGGCUCGGGCUCCCACCAUUGCUCAGCUGCUCCAGGAGAAGACCCUCUUUUCCUUCUCCGAGUGGCCAAAGGAUCGCGUGAUAAUCAACCGCCUGGAUAAUAUCUGCCACGUGGUGUUAAAGGGGAAGUGGCCGUCUGGCCCACAGUACGAGCCCUCGGGCACCCUGCCCCCGCCAGUGUUAAGCAGCAGUACUGGUUCUCGGGGGAGCCUCUCGGAGCCAGAAGCGACCGAACUCGGCUUCAGCGGGGGUGCAGCAUUGGUGGCCCCGAUCCAGAAGGAGACCUUCCUGGCUCCAGUAUUCACAAAGGAUGACCAGAAGCACAGACGUCCCUACGAGUUUGAGGUGGAGAGGGAUGCAAAGGCCCGGAGCCUGGAACAGUUCUCUGCUACCCACGGGCACCCCCCCAUCGUCCUCAAUGGCUGGCACGGGGAAUCCGCAAUAGAUCUCUCCUGCACGUCAGAGGGGUCCCCGGGAGCCACGUCUCCUUUCCCAGUGAGCGCCAGCACCCCUAAGAUCGGGGCUAUCGGUUCACUUCAAGGAGCUCUUGGCAUGGACUUGUCUGGGAUUCUGCAAGCUGGCCUGAUCCAUCCAGUGACGGGACAGAUUGUCAAUGGAAGCCUCAGAAGAGAUGACGCUGCCACAAGGAGGCGGAGGGGGAGACGGAAACAUGUUGAAGGAGGGAUGGACCUCAUCUUUUUGAAGGAGCAGACACUUCAGGCAGGAAUCUUGGAAGUCCAUGAAGACCCAGGGCAGGCCCGCCCGAACACCUCACACCCUGAAGGGCCAGUGGCUGCCACUUCGGCCCCCGAGCCAGCCCCAGCAGCCGGCAGCCAGGCGGAGAAAGCCAUUCCCAGCAAGAGUCUGCUUGACUGGCUGAGGCAGCAGGCCGACUACUCCUUAGAGGUUCCCAGUUUUGGAGCAAAUUUUUCAGACAAACCAAAGCAGAGGAGGCCACGCUGUAAGGAACCUGGAAAAUUAGACGUCAACUCCCUGAGUGGGGAAGAGAGGGUUCCCGCUGUCGCCAAGGAGCCAGGACUAAGGGGGUUUCUCCCAGAAAACAAGUUCAAUCACACCCUGGCCGAGCCUGUUCUUCGAGAUGCGGGCCCCCGCAGAAGGGGGCGGCGGCCUCGGAGCGAGCUCCUGAAAGCUCCUGCCCUCGCGGCGGACUCUCCCUCGGGGAUGGGGCCAUUGUUCAUGAAUGGACUGAUCGCUGGGAUGGACCUGGUAGGGCUCCAGAACAUGAGAAACAUGCCAGGCAUCCCCCUCACGGGCCUGGUGGGGCUGCCGGCGGGCUUUGCUGCCGUGCCCGCAGGGGAAGAGUCCAGAAGCACCCUGAGCAUGCUGCCCAUGGUGCUGCCAGGAAUGGCUGCGGUGCCCCAGAUGUUUGGCCUCGGGGGCCUCCUCAACGCGCCCAUGGCGACCGCCUGCACCUCCACCGCUCCAGCGCCUCUGUCAAGCACAACAAAAAGUGGUCCAUCGGCGCCCGAAAAGACUGUAGAGGACAAGCCAAGUAGCCAUGAUGUAAAGUCGGACACAUUGGCUGAAGACAAGCCUGGUCCUGGUCCAUUUUCUGAUCAGUCCGAACCUGCAAUAACCACCAGUAGUCCUGUGGCUUUUAACCCAUUUCUCAUCCCAGGAGUGUCUCCUGGACUCAUUUACCCAUCCAUGUUUCUCUCCCCUGGCAUGGGCAUGGCUCUGCCCGCAGUGCAGCAGGCCAGACACUCGGAAGUUACAGGUCUGGAGAGCCAGAAGAGGAAGAAGAAGAAAACAAAAGGGGACAGCCUGAACCCCAACCCCGAGCCCGCUCCCAGGUCCGAAAAGGAGCCAGGCAGCGAUCAGAACUGCCCCGAAUCCAGGACCCCCGGGCCCCUAGACAGAGAACAUGCAGCCCAGGCCAGGGAAGGGGGCCUCAAAGACUCUAACAGUGACACCAAUUAGAACUUUUUCAUUUAAGAAAUGAUUGUGACUUGUAAGUUUCUUAUCCCAUAAAGGUUUGUUACUUCCUCACUUCACCUUCAUAAGAACCUGUGUUUCCAUAAGUAAUAUUACCUACCUAAUUUUCUGAGAACUGUGGUCACAGAUGUUAAUAGUCGCAGGGUCUUGCCACUUUGUUAGCUGAGUGUCGUCGACCCAGUGUAGGAGGCACCAAAUGCUCAUUCUGUUACCCAGUGGUUCAUUCCAGCAGCCGUAGCUGAUACAGCACUUGGUGACAUGCCCCGCCCCCACUUCUCCAAGUUUCCCCCUUAUUUGAGGAGGGACAAUGGCAAAAGAAAGCUGUCUAGGGAUUUACCAUUAAAGGGCCGAAGAACAGAGACCAUGAGGAGCUCUUUUUUUCCAUGAGCUGUGUUGAAUGGGAAGCAUGUAAUGGGGAAACCAAAAAGCACAGAAAAAGGAAGUGCUGGUGCAUAUUUUUUAGUUCAAAUAUUUCCCUAUUUUAUCAUGAUGACUAAAUGAAUAGUAUAGACAGAAGUAUAUAACUAAUGGUUGAAAAUGCAUAUAUAUUCAUUUCUUUAUAAAACAAAACCUUACUGGUAGUAACAGGACAUCCCCCCUCAUGGUUUUUCAGACACGUGCAGCAAGAAGAAAUACUGACUAGGCAUUAUUUUAUACAUGUGUGUGCUCUCUCCCCCAAGUUAAAGGAUCACUCUCAGUAUGAAAAAGCUUUACACACCCGGAUUUCCUGCCGGCAGUGGGGGCGGGCGAGGGGCUCGCCCUCCAUGGGGCCGCACGCUGCUCAUAAGCACACGGCUGCCAUCUGCUCACCUCGUUCUCAAGAAUCUCUCCGGCCGCUACCAGGGCCCUAACGGGUUUUUACCUUGUGCUUCCCUUCACCAAGAAUAAGGCUCUUUCUGGAGCCUGGGAGAGUCUCGUCACUCAACACUUUUACACCUUGCUAGUCCCUUCGUCAGAAUUAUUUGAGGUUGUCAGAACAUGUGUGCGCCACCUUUUAUAAAACGACUGUGAACGUUUGUUUCUCCUCUCCGUUUUUUUCUCUCUUCGGUUUCCAUUUUGCAGUUGGACCCAGAUUCCAAAUCACGUUAGCCGAGACGGUUGCAAGUUAACAUCAUUUUCCCUUCUUCCUCACUCGGGAAGCCCCUGCCUGAGGGGCCCUCAUCCCACUUUCUGUCCCUUCCCACUUGUGUUCCAUCCCUCCAGAGGGUCUUAUUCUUUAUCGACAGUUCACACUCUGAGACUUGAAUUAAGUUCAUGGUUCAGGACUCUGGGGGCACAGGGCUGUGCAGGACCGUUGGAAAUGUUGGAAGUGUUACUAGUACCAGUUUCACUUUGUAUUGUCACAAUUUACUGUAUUUUUUACUUUUUCUGUUACAGUUUUGCUAAUUUAUCAGAAGGUCCAAAAGUUUGACAUAACUAUUUCAGUUUGCAUUAUUUAUUUAUGAUGCUUUUGUCAUUGUCUUUUAUACAUUUGGGAUUAUAAAUUAUGUAAAUGUUAAAAUGAGCAUCUCAAGGAAGUCUGUUAAAUUGUGACCAGAAAAAAAAAAAAAAAUCAGUCCAGAUGUAUUUUCAAACAGUGGAGUCCUGGCGUUAUGAAUCAGAGAUAAAAAUCAGAAAUUCUGUAACUGAUCGUAUUAGUAUGAAGAAAGAAUCCAGUGAUUGAGCAAAUCCUAUUUAAUGACAUCUUUGUAGCAUAGAUGGUCUAUAAUGCUGACAACAGAUUUCUUAGAAAUGCUGCUCUCUAUUUAACUAACAUUUUGUUCAGUUUUGCCUCCAGUGGAAGCAGAAAGGGUUUUUUCAGCUGUUAAAUCCUAAAAAUCAAUAUAAUUUAUUUAUGUAAAAAAAAAAAUCACUCAAUCGAUAUAUUUUUGAACCUUUUAAGUACUAAUUUUCUUUUUAUCAAGUAGAAAAAAAUGUAUUUGCCCUAAAUCCUUAAAAUACAAAUGCUAUAAAAAUUCAUGUAUCUUGAAAGCCUUACUGCAAAUGAGUAUUAUAGACAUCCAGCAGAGUCUGGGUUUCCCUUUGUUGUCGUCGUCGUUGUUUUGUAUGGAAAAGCUGCUUUCCCCAGGUUCCACUUAGAACCUCCAGUAGGUCACAGGGUUCAAUAUGGAUUUGAUUUAAAAACCCACCAGCAUGCUAAAUCCCUUGUUAUAUCUUACCGAACCUGUAUGUUAACUCUCUGGGUGUUUAGGCUUAUAUUUGACUGCUAUUGUGUCCCUGUUUGCAAAAUGAAAAUGACACUCUGUGGAUUAUUUGCUCUGUAAGGCAUAAGUGCUUCUUAUGAUUAUUUUGACGUUUCCAAGAGCAAAAGCCAAAUUUAAACUCUCUUCAGCAAACUUGAGCCUUUUCAUCUAAAUUCCAUGUCACUCACAGCCAUAACUUUCCUUGGUCAUUCUUCACCCCGUGUCUCACAUAAUAAAUUGUCUGUGGUCUUGA